GAAAAUGGCGGCCACCUGGCGGUUAUCCCUAACGGCCGCGGCGCUGAGAGCGGUCGCCCCCUGGCCAAGGGGCAGCAGGCUCCUCGCGGCCUCCCGCGGACCUCAGGCGCUUCGGGAAGCGUCGUCCUCCAGCCCCGAGGCGGACGAAGGGCAGAUCCACCUCACCGAGAGCUGCGUCCAGAGGCUUCUGGAAAUCACCGAAGGGUCAGAAUUCCUCAGGCUGGAGGUGGAGGGAGGUGGAUGUUCCGGAUUCCAAUACAAAUUUUCACUGGAUACAGUUAUCAACCCCGACGACAGGGUAUUUGAACAGGGUGGGGCAAGAGUGGUGGUGGACUCUGAUAGCUUGGCCUUCGUGAAGGGGGCCCAGGUGGACUUCAGCCAAGAACUGAUCCGAAGCUCAUUUCAAGUGUUGAACAAUCCUCAAGCGCAGCAAGGCUGCUCCUACCCUUUCUGACCAGAUGCCUUCUUCCUGGCAGGCCAUAACAGCCAGCAGAUGUUUUCACAAAUUUUGCUCACUGCAAAUUCAUUUAGGAAAACUACACUCUUCCAGUAUCAAUUGGGAGAUUUUUUUGCCUCUCCAUUACUUUCGAGGGGAGGUUAUCAAGGCCCUGUUUGCUGCAGAAUUGGUUUUAUCUAACAUGUGCAAGCUAGUGAGUACCUGGGGCAGCAUGCCCCACCUCUGCUUUAGCAAAACAUGAGCAUGCAAGAACCAAAGGCAAGGGAGCCCUGAAUCUGCUGUAUGUUGUUGGUCAAGGCCAGAUCUUGUGGAAUCACACUCUUCAGCUUUGUGAUUGAUGGUGACUAGUGACAUAUAAACUAUCUGUGGCCCACCCACCCUGAGUUUCUCUGUGUGGGCGUGUUGACUGAUUACAAGGGAUUAGGAGAAAACAGGAUCAUAAGUAAGAGAUUAGGAAGGACUACUAAAGUGGUUGUCCAAGAAGAUAGUCUUCCUUCUCUAGCUUUCUUCUGAGAGUUGAGUUCUAUUUUGGUCUUUUGUUACAAAGCACCCGAGUGCAGGUUGACAUUUGGCAGGAGCAUCCUAUACAGAGAAGUGGGCAGCAUUGGUCGUCAUGGUGUAGCCAUCACUUGAACUCUGGACCUGAGCUGAUGUCAUGCAAUAAGCAGGGCCUGACACUGUCCGCUGCAACAUUAUUAUGGUUUUGCAUGUUCGUCUCAAAGGCAGGCACCUCCUCUGCUUUCCUGGGUAUCUGGCAUUGAUGUUUAUGAUUGCUCUUUUAAAAUCCCUGUUUGCCAUUUCUCCAUAGAAGUGCCCCAGGGCUGCUUAAGGGAAGUUUGCUUUAGAAGUUUUAAAAUAAUUAUUGUCUGGCUUUCAUUGUAAAAUAUAGUCAAAUAUAUAAAGAGAGGGAACAUUUAAGUAGUCUAUGGCCAGCAGCUGUAUUUAAAAAUAUUUUAUUUUUUUGAAUAGGUAAUACACAUGGUACAAAACACAGAGACACAAAAGGGGAUACAGUGAAAAGUCUCCCAAUCCUCUACCCAUCCACCCUGUCACCUUCCCCACAAACCACCAUUGUUUAAGAAUUUACCCCACAGGCAUAAUCCCGUAGAUAUAAUGUGAAAUAACAUAUGCACAAGAAUAUUCAUUAUAGCGUUAUUUAUAAUAGCAAAAGAUAGGAAACCAUGGAAAUGUCCAUUAACAGGGGGACUGAUUAAAUAAGUUAUGAUUUAUCCAUUGGAUGGAAUGGUAUACAGUUAUAAAAUAGAAUGAGACAGCUCUCGAUGUGCCAGUAUGUAUUAAGUGAAAAAAGCAAAGUGCAGAACAGCAUGGAUCAUAUGCUAUUUGUGUUUUUAAUACAAGGAACUAUGUGUAUAUACAUGAAAUGUUUCUGGAAGAGUGGGCAGGAAGGCGAGGGUUGGGAGGAGGGGCAGUGCCAGCAGGGUAUAUGGAGGAAUGGUAAGUUCUCUGCAAUAAGGGUGUAAGGUGGAGUGGCAAGGAUGAGGUUAGCGGAUAUCCAAUUCUCCUUUCUUGAGACAAAUAGCAGCAUAUGUUGCACUUUGUUAUACAACCUCCCUUUGUACCUCAAUCUGUUUUGGCUAUCUUAUCAAGGCAUUUAGAGCCGCUGUUUUUUUCCUUCUUUUUAGGGCUCCAUAGCAAUUAAUUGUUUCUAAUCUUUUGCUAUUACAGAUAACACUAUAAUAAAUAACCUCAUACAUAUGUCAUUUCACACUUAGUGAGAAUAUAUCUGAAGGUUAAAUUCCUAGAAGUGGAAUUACUGAUUCAAAGAGUAAGUGCUUUUGUGAUUUUGAAAGACAUUGUUAUAUUAUCCUCUUCAGAAGUUGUAUCAAUUUAUACUCCUGUCAGCCUAUGUAUGAGUGCCUUUCUCCAGAAGCUUGCCAACUAGGAGCCUUAACAAACUUUUUGAUCUUUGCCAAUCUGACAAUUUUUUAAAAGUGUCUCAGUGUGGUUUUAACUUGCAUUUCUUUUUAUUAUGAAUGAAGUCAGAAUAUUUUCCUGUGUUUAAGAAGUAUAUAUUUUUGUCUGCUGAAAACACCUCAACUUGUAUAGUGACCUAGAGCAAAUUAUUUAAGCUUUGUCAAUUUCUUCAUCUGUAAAUUAGGAAUAAACAUAGUAAGUAGGAUUGUUGGAUGAUUAAAUGAAAUUUGUGUACAGCA